GAGACCCGCUAUCCCGGCCCCCGCCCACCUUUCCCAGCGGGCCUUUCCAGCGGUCCCGGGGCGGUCUUGGUGUACUGCCAUGGUGGGUGGAGGUGCGCUUGGGGCCUGGUCGCUGGCCAGGGGGGGCAGUCCCCCGCCGACCCCAGCCUGGCCCUGCCCGCGAGCCCGCCACCAGAGCACGGGACGCAGGAAAAGGGGGCGGGGAAUGACGCGCGGGUGGAGGAGUUUUCGCUGUGCGCCGCCAGCACAGUUGGACGUGCGCCUUUCUUUUUUGCUCCUUACCUUUGGACAAAAGCCUUAAAAGGGCGGAUACUUAGGAGCUUAGGGUGGGGCCUUCUGAAAAAAGAAAACUCUUAAAAUGAAAACAGUAACAGACAGGAUGCAAGGGAAGAGCAAGGCAAGCACCAGUGCACCUCAGAGGCCGCCCGCACUCACCAUCUGCACUCGCCUUUCCUCUGGAUGGUGGUGAUUCCACAAAUAUCAGGAAGUAAAAAACAAUAGAGGAAAAACAGUCAUUUCUGGAGGAACUAAUAAGAAAAAGAUACAGUUUUGGAUAUCUAGGACAUUGCUUUAGAGAGAAGAAUGAUUAUUGAAUGGAAUACUACACAGCUACUAAAAACAAGGACAUCUUGAAAUUUGCAGUCAGAUGCAUGGAACGAGAAAAGGUCAUCCUGAGUGAUGUAAACCAGAUCCAGAAAUACAAACAUGUUUCCACAUAUUUGAUGCCAGCAUGGUCCUGCUAAACAAGUCUGCCAAUCACCAAAUAAGAGGUUUCACUUUAGCUACAAUAGCAUGCAUAAUGUGCAAUACCUCUAUGGCCCUUCCAGAAUGGCGAAUUUGCUACUUGAACAACUCCAUGCUUUCCUACCCAAGUCUGGCUUUUGUGAAUAUUUGGGAGGCCUACAUCUGCCACCACAACCACAACUCAAGCCACCUGAGAGAUUGCCAUUACUACACCUGCCAUAACAACCUUGUUCCUUUGGAUAUCCGGGUAUCUCAAAUUCUGCUCCAGGUUGCAAAUGUUGUUGGUCUGGUUGGGACAGUUUGUUCUGUCUUUGCUCUACAGCAGUUAUACACAGAGGAACUGCAUAAGAAUAAUGACUACAAUCCAUUUGUUCUUUCAGCUGUCCUCAAUGCUAUUGCUAGCACCUUUAUUUUUCUUGCUGUUAUGUGUAAUCACCUCUCCGUGCCCAGCAAGGAAGAGGUAUCUUUCCUGCAAUCUUUCCAAAUGCCAAUUUUUUCCAAUGCUCAAAGAGCAGGCAGAGCCAUGGGAUUGGCAUACAUAUCUGCCAUAUUGUUUUUAUUAAGUGCUAUAAUUUUUAUUUCUUACUGUCCUUCAAUGGAAAUCAAAAUGUUUCCCCGUGUCUGAAAAUAAAUUUGCAGCAUACAUAACCUUGAAAAUCAAAAUGUCUUGGCAAUGGUUUUGGGGACCUAGACUGAGAUGUAAUGGGAGAUAUUUUUAAAAUAUUAACUUAGAUUUUCUAAGGACAUAAAGCCCUACCCUAUGUAUCCUAUGACAGAAAAUGGCAAAAUGACAUCAAGCAUUCUUUCCUAUUUGGUUUAUUACUUCUUUGGUUGAAUUUUUUGGUUUAGUUUUUUUUCAUGUUUUUGUUUAUUUGUUUGUUUUGAUUUUUGUUCAUUUUUAUCAUUCCAACUUGCCAAUUUUGUUUUAUAGAAUCUAAAUUUUAAAUAUUGUUUGUCAAGGUAAAUAAUCAAUAAAUAUAGUUGUAUUAGUCAUGGAUCUCUAAAGGACAGAACAUAUAGAAUCCAUCUCUCACAUACAACUUUAUUCUCUCUCUCUCACUCUUUCCCUUCCUCUCCCUUCUCCCCUUCUCUCUCUCUCUCUCUCUCUCUCUCUCUCUCUCUCUCUCUCUCUCUCUCUCUCUUCAGAUUGCAAAGGGAGAUUUCCUUGUCUGGCUACAUUAUUUCUUUUAAAGUUUAAGAAUUAUCCACUAUGUUCAUAGCAACCUUAUUUAUAAUAGCUAUAAGCUGGAACGAACCCAGAUGUCCCUCAAGAAAGGAAUGGAUACAGAAAAUAUGGUACAUUUACACAAUGGAGUACUACUCAGCAAUUAAAAACAGUGAAUUUAUGAAAUUCUUAGGCAAAUGGAUAGAUUUGGAGGAUAUCAUCCUAAAUGAGGUAACCCAAUCACAAAAGGAAACACAUGAUAUGUACUCACUGAUAAGUGGAUAUUAGCCCAGAAACUUAGAAUACACAAGACACAAUUUGCAAAACACAUGAGUCUCAAGAAGAAGGAAGAGCAAAGUGUGGAUACAUCCUUUCUUCUUAAAAUGGGGAACAAAAUACCAAUGGAAGGAGUUACAAAGGCAAAGUUCGGAACAGAUCCUGAAGGAACAACCAUCCAGAGACUGCCCUACCUGGGGAUACACCCCAUAAACAACUACCAAACACAGUCACUAGGUAGAUGCCAAUAAGAGGCUGCUGAGAGGAGCCUCAUAUAGCUGUCUCUUGUGAGGCUCUGCUAGUGCCUGGCAAAUACAGAAGUGGAUGCUCACAAUUAUCCAUUGGACAGAGCACAUGGGUCCCAAUGAAGGAGCCAGAGAAAUACUCAUUGAGCUGGAGGGGUCUGAAGCCCUAUAGGUGGAACAUCAAUAUGAACUAAUCAGUACCCCCAAGCUCCUUGGAACCAUACCAACAAUCAAAGAAAACAUAUGGUUGAACUUGUGGCUCUAGCUAUAUAUGUAGCAGAUGAUGGCCUAAUCAGUCAUCAAAGGAAGGAGAGGCCCUUGGUCUUGGGAAGGCUCUAUGCCCCAGUACAGGGGAAUGCCAGGAGUAGGAAUCAGAGUGGGUGGGUUGGGGAGUAGGGGGAUUGGGGAGGGAAUAGGGGAUUUUUGGAGGGGAAACUAAGAAAGGGGCUAACAUUUGAAAUGUAAAUAAAGAAAAUAUCUAAAAAGAAAGAAUUAUUCAUUUAAAAUUAAAUUCCCGGAAAUGUUAUUACCCCAGAAAAUAUCAUUUAAUUUUAUUUGCAUCUAAUUUGCACAAUCUGCCUCUUAGGAUUAUAAUUCACACUUGUACACAUCAUACACACAAACACAAACACACACCACACACAUUUGUGUAGUGUCCCCAUCUGCCUAUUACCCAUGACAUUUUAAUAAUUUUGGUUUGCUGAACAAAUUUAAUCAAUGUCUUCUCAGUUAACUAACUCUGGUUGAGCUCUUUAGAAAAUGUACUUUCUGGGUGAUGCCAUGUUCUUUGUACUGAAUGUUAAUAUAUAGGUGUCUUAUAGUACCUGCCUCUUACUGAUACAAGGUUUGAUACAAUUGUUGGUAGAUCCUUGAGGAGAAGACUUAAUUUCACUUAAGCUGAAUGGUUUCCCCAACUAAAAGUUUCAUCUCCAUGUGGUCCCUGUUUGUAGCAAUGGAAUAUUAGCAUUCCAUGAGGUCAUUGGUUGAUGUGUUUCUAAUUAGCAGAAAGGAUUUUAGAGAGUUUGAACUACUAUGUCUAUUUGCUCACUCUGAAUUCUUAUGUAUAUCAAGAAGUUGGAGUAACUGCUUCAUUCUUCCCCUCUACUUUCAAUAAUUUAUAAAAGAAUUUGAAGGUAUUAUUUAGAUUUUGUUUGUACUUUUUGGUUUUUGAAUAUUGAAGUAGUUGGUGUUGUUUCAUGAGUUAACUUUCGUCCAUUUUUACGUAUGUAAAUAAUCAAGAUCUUGAGGUGUAUUUACAGAGAGCAGUGAUUAUUCCACUGUGUUUCAUUUCAAGCACUUAAUAAAUGAACAAACAAAUGCUAA